UUAUCGUAUUUAGGGCAGUCGCCAAUACAAAUUCAACCCACUAAACUCUUUUUUGGCUUAAAUAGAACGCAGUCAUCCAAAUUUUGAACCCAUCGAUUCGUCCCACUGAACCUAUUCUCUCCCACUCAUUCAUGCCAAUUUGGGUCUCCACAUAACCUACAGCCUUACUCUCUCCCUCUCUGUAAGAAUGUUCAAAAAGUUCUCAUCCGAAGAAGUUUCUGCGCAAAAUCAAGUGAAGGCAUCUGUGCAGCGCAAAAUUCGGCAAAGUAUUGCGGAAGAGUAUCCAGGACUUGAACCUGUUUUGGAAGAUUUGUUGCCAAAAAAAUCACCACUGAUUGUUGCAAAAUGCCCAAAUCAUCUAAAUUUGGUUUUGGUGAACAAUGUUCCACUUUUUUUCAACAUACGUGAUGGACCUUAUAUGCCAACACUACGACUCCUUCAUCAGUAUCCCAACAUCAUGAAAAAACUGCAAGUUGAUAGGGGGGCUAUAAGAUUUGUACUUGCUGGUGCCAAUAUAAUGUGUCCAGGGCUUACCUCUCCUGGUGGUGCAUUGGAUGAUGAAGUAGAGGCAGAAACUCCAGUGGCUAUAAUGGCUGAAGGAAAGCAAAAUGCUCUAGCUAUUGGAUUUACAAAGAUGUCAGCAAAAGACAUACGAUCAAUCAACAAAGGAAUCGGUGUUGAUAACAUGCACUAUCUUAAUGAUGGACUAUGGAAGGUAUGUACUCUCUGUUUUCUCCUUUACCCUCAGACUCUCUGCAAAACAAAGAACACACUUGUUUUUACAACUUUCCACAGAUGGAGCGUCUCGAUUAAGAAAAAGAAUGAGCGGGCCGUAGAUGCAUCGGUUGGAGACAAACCGCGGGCUCAACUGGUUAUUAUUAAAUCCUUUAAGCAGCAAAGUUUACACAUGUUUUGGAUGGUGAGAUGUUGAGUAGGAACUCAACUCUAUUUUCUGAUGUAUCUAAAUGUCAGUAUAGAUAGGUGUUAAUGGACGAAUAUAUUCUCAUAUUGAAGCAAAUAUCAGUUCUAUGCUGACUUAAAUUCAAUACCAUCAAUUGUGAUUUGUUUUCUUC